AUGGAUUAUGAUUUCAAGGCGAAGCUGGCGGCGGAGCGGGAGCGGGUGGAGGAUUUGUUUGAGUACGAAGGGUGCAAAGUGGGACGCGGCACCUACGGGCACGUCUACAAGGCGAGGCGGAAAGAUGGAAAAGAUGAAAAGGAAUAUGCAUUGAAGCAAAUUGAAGGCACAGGAAUAUCCAUGUCGGCUUGUAGAGAGAUUGCACUUUUGCGAGAAUUGAAGCACCCUAAUGUGAUCGCAUUGCAGAAGGUGUUCCUUUCUCACAGUGACAGGAAGGUGUGGCUGCUCUUUGAUUAUGCAGAACAUGAUUUGUGGCACAUUAUUAAGUUUCACCGUGCAUCAAAAGCAAAUAAAAAGCCCAUGCAGUUGCCAAGAUCUAUGGUCAAAUCAUUACUUUACCAGAUUCUUGAUGGUAUCCAUUACCUCCAUGCAAAUUGGGUGCUUCACAGAGAUCUGAAACCAGCAAAUAUCCUAGUAAUGGGAGAAGGUCCUGAAAGGGGGAGAGUCAAAAUAGCGGACAUGGGUUUUGCCAGAUUAUUCAAUUCUCCUCUAAAGCCACUAGCAGAUUUGGAUCCAGUAGUUGUGACGUUUUGGUAUCGGGCUCCAGAACUUCUGCUUGGUGCAAGACAUUAUACAAAGGCCAUUGAUAUAUGGGCAAUAGGUUGCAUAUUUGCUGAAUUGUUGACUUCAGAACCUAUUUUUCACUGUCGUCAGGAAGAUAUAAAAACAAGCAAUCCCUUUCAUCAUGAUCAACUAGAUCGGAUAUUUAGUGUCAUGGGGUUUCCUGCAGAUAAAGAUUGGGAAGAUAUUAGAAAGAUGCCAGAAUACCCUACACUUCAGAAAGACUUUAGAAGAACAACGUAUGCCAACAGUAGCCUCAUAAAGUACAUGGAGAAACACAAGGUCAAGCCUGACAGCAAAGUGUUCCUCUUGCUUCAGAAACUCCUUACUAUGGAUCCAACCAAGAGAAUUACCUCGGAGCAAGCUCUACAGGAUCCCUAUUUUCAGGAGGACCCCUUGCCAACGUUAGAUGUCUUUGCUGGCUGCCAGAUUCCAUACCCCAAACGAGAAUUCCUUAAUGAAGAUGAACCUGAAGAGAAAGGUGACAAGAACCAGCAGCAGCAGCAGAACCAACAUCAGCAGCCCGCAGCUCCCCCGCAGCAGGCAGCAGCGCCCCCGCAGGCGCCCCCGCCGCAGCAGAACAGCACCCAGACCAACGGGACCGCGGGCGGGGCCGGGGCGGGCGCUGGGGGUGCGGGAGCCGGGCUGCAGCACAGUCAGGACUCGGGCCUCAAUCAGGUGCCUCCGAACAAGAAGCCCCGCCUCGCGCCCUCGGGCGCCAACUCCGGCGGGCCCGUUAUGCCGGCAGAUUAUCAGCACUCCAGUUCUCGCCUGAAUUACCAAAGCAGCGUUCAGGGAUCCUCCCAGUCCCAGAGCACACUCGGCUACUCCUCCUCGUCCCAGCAAAGCGCGCAGUACCACCCGACUCACCAGGGCCACCGCUACUGA